CCUACUUCUAGUUCCUGUUUCUAUUUGCAAAGGAACUCUUGUUCCUUUUUCUUUCAUAGCCCAGCAUUGGGUAACAAAUCUUUCCCGUAGAUCGGGAAGGCGGCCUCGAUACGGCGUAAGCAGUCAGUGGCCCUGAUAAACCCAAACAACAACAACAACAACAACAUAAGGGACCUCUCGAGUGUCUGCCUCGCAAGGAACCUCCUGAAUGUCUGUUUCGUAAGGAACCUCUCAAGUGUCUGCUUCGUAAGGAGCCUCUCCAGUGUCUGCCUCGGCUGCUGAUAUACAGUGAUCAAGUUGUAUAUUUAUGAAUGUAAACCAAGCUUUGCUGACAUGGAGCCUACAGAUGACUUCGAUUCCAAUAGCGAGAGUUAUUCUGCAUCGUCUAGGCACUCAGAAGAGUCUUCAUAUGAGUAUGAAGAUGCAGAAUGGCUAAAACAUGUGCAGAAUGAUGGUUCCCUUCUCUAUGUGGAGUCUUAUGUUUCAAGUACAGUAAGAGAGAAGCAAGUGCAAGCUCUUAAAGCAUCUGGAGGAUUGGAAAAGAAACCUGCUUUCUCAUCUCCUUCAAAAGAAAUAAAAAAGAAGAACAAAUUGCUAAGAUUGCUGAAACGUAGACCAAGUGUAAGAGUUAAGGGCACACCACGAGUCGGUACUGGGGGUGAAGGAGGAACAAAGGGUGGAUCUGACUUGACUUCGCCUCCAAAAGUGACCUUUAGAGAUAACCCAAGUGGGGAAGUGAGGAAAAUUAAUCUUCAGGUGUACGAAGGUGGCAACAACUUAGGGCGACGAGCAAGCCUUUGUGAAACUGUUCUUGGUGUCGUACCUGGCCGCUUCAGUGAGCCCCCAGAUUCUAGGGUCAUGGUUGCUGGCCUCGUACCUGGCUCACAAGCACUAAGAAAUGGUGUCAUCAAAAUUGGUGACUGGCUGAAAGAGGUAGAUGAAAGUGAUGUUAACUGGGAUAAUUUGGAUGAUAUACUGGCAGAACUACAGAUACCUUCGACAAUUACCUUAUCUGUGCAGAAGUGUGCUUCAGAAACUCUCCCUGAUGAGCUAGAAAGUGACCGCAAGAGAGUGACACAGACCCAAUUAGUAAAAGUGGUGACUGGUGUGGAAGUCAGCCACCCAGAGUCAACGUACCUGCAGGAGCUGCCUCAUACCCUCCUCUACCUCAGCCUUGUGGGUGUUACGGAGGAUUCACCUGAUGGUGCUGACAUUAGAUACCAAUUUCCAAACUGGAGUAACAAAUUGGUGAAGGUGCGAGGAAUGUUCAUCACUACGGCUCAUACAGUGCAAGAGGUGAUUGGUGCUCCAGCACUCUGCUCCACUGUGUGUCUAGAUGGGGAAUACUACCAUGUUGCCUAUGUUAGAGAGAAUAAUGAUGUGUUCCUCCUUGCACUGCCACAUUCCUAUGUAUCCAGUCAUGAUAUUGUUGCACUGAUGGAGCAGAUUGCCAGUCUCGUGAGGUUUGAAUUUGAGACACUUUCCAAAGGAGUUGGUGAUGCAAAAAACAAAGCCUACUUGGACCACCUGAUGAGCCAUAUAUUAGGAACAGUACUUGGUCAGGGCCCUAGAGAAGGAAAGGAUCCUGGGCGACUUGAAAGGGAAUCAUCAGGAAAACCAUUGGCAGCAAAACUGAACCCGUACCUGCCACUGAUUCCUAUCAUUCCCCAGAGUUUUAUUUUUGCAUACCCAACGUGGCUUAUUUUACAAGAUGGCGGUGAAAUAAAGCUUCAAAUUGACAACUGCCUUAGUGAGCUGGAAUCUGGGGACUUCGGUGAUGAUGAUUCUGAUUAUGAGGAAUCACUGUCCCUAUACAGUAUAUUGGGUUGCUGCUUAUUCUAUAAGGGCCAUCUUGUAGCAUCUCAUUUGUCAUCUGAGGAUCUGAGACAUGUUUGGCUCUUUACUUGUCACCAUGGCCUUCAGUCUCUCACCACCCAUGAGUCGGUCAGUCAGCUGGUGGCCUGGCGGUCAGUGUACCCACCAGGAGAGAUGAGCACUGCCAGGGACGACAGGAUUAAACAUUACCUCCUCGUAGUUGCAAUGAACCACUGCAUCCUUGGUCUGCUUCUUGAAGCUGGAGGAGUAACCGAAUUUGUAGAUGAAGGAGCUGGUCCAGAUCCAUUUCUUGUGGACCAGGCUGAGGCUUCUCUGUAUCAACUUCAUGCACUCCACGUUAACACAGUGUGUGAGGAGAGCUUAAUGAAUGGUGGUAUUGAAACUAUUGCUGCAGACGAUAAAUUUGGGAGAGUGACGCCAAGCAAGAAAGCAAAGGAUAGAAAUGAAGUUGUAGAAGGAGGGCUCAGGCUGCCAGAUGUCCCUUCAAUUUUGAAGCAAAAGUCAUCACCAUUGCCUGAAUCAAGGUUGCAUAUACACGACCAUACUGGAUGUGAAUGUGAAGGAAGCCUCGGAGAAACCAGUGAGGAUUCCUUCACACACAGUUCUCAAGAUUCAUCUCUGGCAUUAGAAGAGGAUGAGGAAGGUGAUGAUGAAUUAGAGUCUGAUUGGAGAAUAUUUAAACCUGCUGAGAACCCAGGCCUUCACCAGUAUGAUUUGGAUAUAAAGAGCCCACAUCACAGACAGCCCGUCUCACCCGUAAGAGUUACAUGUGGAAAAGAUGGUGUGUUGUUUCAUCUAGUGCAGCUUGAGGUGGGAGAAGGAGUUAUAAUUCAGUCUGAGCCUUCUACUGUGUCUCCAUCAGUCUCUCCUGUCUCACCAUCUGCUACCCAGCCUCCACCACCAUUCCAUUCUCAGGUGUUACAAAGCUUUAGGUCCACCUGUGCUCACAUACAUCAUGUUCUUCAUGCUUCUAUUAGAGGCAAGGAACCCAGUGGAAACUACAGUGGCAGCACAGCACUUAAUGGUAUCAAGGAACAUGGGGUGUUGUUCACAUACACUCCUCCUAGUACUGAUGCCGGGAAUAUAGGAAAGAGAAGAACCCAAUCCUUUUCUUAUUGGGUUGUUGGGCGUCUGCUUGUUGCACCAUAUCAGCGAGAAGUUUAUGUAUGCUUUCACGAAUCCAUACCUCAGAAUGUGCUUGAAUUAGCCUUCAAAGUGUCACUAGGAUGCAUCAUCUGAGUGGACAUGAGUUGCUAUAUCUUCAUUAAAGUAAUUAAAUAUAAAGCAUAUAAUCAUAAUUCACAUGAGUUAUGUUCCUGAAAAUUGUACUACUAAUGAUUUCCACUUUUGAACAGAAAAACAUGGAAAAAAUAGAAAGAGCUAUAACAAUAAUUUUUCUCACCUAACAUUAUCUACGAUGAUGCGUUGUGAAAUGAGUGAACUCUGGCAAGGUUCAGUUUAAAAAAAGUCACGAGCUAAAAAAUAAUUACGUUAAUACUGUACUGUACAUUAUUUCUUACUUCCCUUCAAGUCGAGUUCAGGAUGCUUAACAUAUUGGAGAGGGUGGCUGUGGACCUAUUCCCCAUUCUUUUCACGAUAUCAUGCUGAGGAUUACUCAUUGCACAAGCCCUUAUUGUUGCCUCAGUCUCUCAAGUUGACCAAAUCAUUGAUUAUCUAAACGUCAAAUGUGUGUGCCAUAUCCAUGAUGCUUGCACCACUCUUCAGCAUCAUAAUUACUUCCUUUGUUUUCAUAACUAUAUUGUCACACUUAAUCAUCGUCCAUGCUUCACAAAUAUCAUCUACACUUCGUUUGGCAGCCAUGAUAAAUAUCCAGAGACAAGAUGGGGCGAUGACAAGAAGGAAAAACUGCAAGAGAUUUUAUAUUAUUUAUGAAAUGAAAAAAUUCUAUAUGUAAUGCAUCUAGUGUUAUUAUCUUCUGAGAGUUCUAACAAACCAUUAAGUGAUACUAGUAAAAAGAUCUAUAUUGUUAACAUUGGUUAGUAAGUGGGGAAUAUGCACUCCUAGGGAGGCAAAAUAUAACUAUAUUGUAGCAACCAGAAAUAUUAGCUGGCAGAGGGAAUUUAGCAAUGAUCAAGGCAUUAACCCUUGUGUUCACUUAGUUCUACAAAAAGAAAAAAAUAUUGAGGCCUCUACAAUAAAUACUCUAAAAAUCAAACUGAUCACAACCAUGUAAUUCAACAGUAAAUAAGGAAACUAUACAAGCACAGUGCACUGUGGCUGGCACAUUUUGAGAUUUGGGAAUCCUGGGCAUUUCUAUUGAAGUAAAAAUAAAAUAAAGAUCAUUUUAUCUCUGGUCAAAUCAGAAAAAAAGAACCCUGCCUCUUGCAUUUGAAACUGACAUUGACAAAAUUACUUUUAACCAUAAUCUCUACAUUUGGAAAUGUUGAUAUUAAAUAGUUUGUAUCAUGAUGUACAGUACAUUUAUUUUUGUUUUUUUUUUGCAUUUUUUUUUUGUAAAUAGGAGAAACUUUAUCCUUUAAAAUAUAUUGGUACUGAUAUCUGCACAGGCUUAACUUCCAUUCAAUCAGAAAUGAGAACACAUAUGGGUCUUUAUGUAUGGCAAACACAAGGCAGUGUUCAGUAAGCCUUUGCAAACCAGGGCCACCCUGGUGAAGGAAGUCCCUACCAGUUCAGUCUAAGGUGUCAACAAAGGCCGUAAUCCCCCCACCACGAAAAGGAACUGCCUUCAGGGGGUUCAUAUAUUCAAAAUUUCUGCAUGUUACUUCAUGCAGUUUUUCCAUUAUGUACCUGUUAUUUCAUGAGAACAUUCCUGUUCUCACACGAUAUUCCAUUACCCCAAUCUCAUCCAUUUUGGAGUACCAUUUUUUAAAUCUAUAUAAACCAUUAUUAAAAAACUAUAAGACAUUAUACAGUAGUCAUUAUAAAAAUUUUACAGUAUAAA